GCUGGUAUCUGAAGGUAUGAUAUAUUUACUGACCGUAUGUGACUCUCACGUGACAUCAGUGGAAGAGUAUAUAUACAGAUUCUAGUACCUUUCGUGUCCCAGAACACCAAUCUCCAGCAACAUCUCAACUUCAUCAGAUAAAGCACUAAGGAUGAAGCUGUGCAUUCUCUUGAUCGCUACGUUAGUGGCAGUGGUGUAUGGGCAAGUGCCUUCACCGAACCAGCCAAAUCCCACGGGUCCAGUCCCUGGGAGUCCUGCGACUGGCUCAUUGGCGGGACCACUUGGGUCGUUUGCACAGCAGCAACAACUGCAAAGGAUGCAGCAGCAGCAGCAGCAGCAGCAGCGGCAGCAACAAUAUUUCAACCCAUGGUCAUUCUACUUUUAUAACCAGAUUGACAACCCAUUCCUUCGGUACAUGAUGUUCUCCAAUCAAAUGGGAGGAGGAGGAGGAGGAUCGAGCGGCUUUAACCCCUUAUGGUUUAUGCUCGCGAACUAAUUCCUCAACAUGGGGAUUAUCUACCUCAACAUAUCAACCUUCAUUCUCUGUCCUCUCCCUUCAUCUCACGGCUUUACCCUGGUCACGAAUAGCCACGUGCUUGGUGCUUUAAUCCUGUAUGCGUCUUUGUAAGAAUUGAAAAUGGAAACAUUGGUUCUUCCUUCGAUUUCCUGGAUUUUGAUCUGAGAAAACUAAGUACGGUGAAACAUCCUAAGUGAUGAAUUAAUAUAGACGGGUUUAGGCUUUGUAAAAAAAACUUCCAGUGUGUUGUACAUAUUAAGGAAACGUCUGUGUUGGCCCUUAUGUAUUUCCUUAUGUACUUUGUUCUAUCUGUAGAAAUAAAAGUUUUUUUGUUAUAA